AUGGACAUAAUUAAUCCUUGCGUAAUAUAUGGAUUCUUGUUCUCACUCAUCUUAACAGCGAGAGAAAACUACUACUCAGAUGCUAGUCUAAUCAGUAGCAUCGUACUUGGAGUUAUCAUCUCUGAGACAGGAUUAUUUAUCAGCUUUUUCUGGGGAGUAUAUACUACGAGUUGGACUACUGGUUUAGAUCUUGAAGGUCUUUGUUUACCGGAUCCAAGUUCUCUUGUGCUUUUCAUGACCAUCAUGUUAAGUGCAUUAGCAGAGCAUAGUUAA